UAGAGUAGAGCGGUGUGCGGUGUCAGUGCGUGUGCCAUUCCGCGCCGAGAAAUGGAAGCUGACGAGACGUGUUCGUCCUCCGAUACGAUAAGAGUGAGCACGUUGCCGAUAUUGCAUCUUAUCGCGCGCGAGCCCCUUGCUGUGACAGCUGUCCGCGUACUUAUUUUUUGAAGCUCUUGUUAUGACAAAGAAGGUAUCACCGGGCACGACCGGUCGCCGACCAGCCGCGUAUCCGGCCGAAAGAUUGUUGUCAUCCUAACCGUCGUCUUGAUCGUUGCCUUUGUAAGUAUCGUGCGCGUCGCGCGUCAAAGUGUUUAGUUCCUCUGUGAGAAGGAAUUGCCGGCGAGGGAUUAGUACGAGAAUUUAAAGAUCAUCGAGGANAGAGUGAUCGCGAGGAUGUGGUGUCUCGUCAGUCAAGCCAAUUCCGUCAUCCUCGAGGUGCAGGUCGAUCCGAAGGCCAUCGGUCAAGAGUGCCUCGAAAAGGCUUGCGACUGCCUGGGAGUCAGCAAAGAGUGCGAUUACUUUGGGUUAAAGUAUCAGAAUGCGAAAGGCGAGGAGCUCUGGUUAAACCUGAGGAACCCUAUAGAACGGCAGACCGGUGGCGGCGUGGCACCUCUAAGAUUCGCCCUGAGGGUUAAGUUUUGGGUGCCGCCUCACCUGUUGCUACAGGAAGCAACCAGGCAUCAGUUCUACUUGCAUUCCCGCCUCGAGCUGGUCGAUGGUAAAUUAAAGGUAUCAGAUUGGAGUUCCGUGGCCCGUCUAGUAGCGCUGAUUGCGCAAGCCGAUAGUGGUGAUUAUGAUGCGCUAUCACCGCCGCAUGCACUUUACUCUCAAUGCUGUCAUAUACAACCCGCGGAACCGUGUGAGCCAAAACCUCAAGAUUUUUUACUUCGGAUAGUUCAGCAACACAGAGAAAUCAAGGGAAUGAAAGCUUCGACUGCUGAAUAUUGGCUCUUGAAAGAAAUAUCAAAUCUCGACAUGUUCGGGCAGGAAAUGUUUCAUAGUAAAUUUGGAUACAACGGAGUUUCUAUGAUCGGCGUUGGUCCACACGGCAUUACGGUCUAUCGCAAUCAGGGCGAAGAAACGCAAAACAUACCAUAUACAGCUAUACAAAGUGCUACAUCACAACGGCGAAUGUUUCAUUUGGUUUACCUCUCGCUUGAUGGUGAAGAGACGUCGUUGGACUUUAAAUUAGACUCAAGCCAGUCCGCCAGUGGACUUUAUAGAGCGAUCACCGAGAAACAUGCAUUUUACAGCUGCGAAACAGUUAGAAGUGCAGUCACCGCGCAAUUUAUCCGUGAUUUAAAGGGGACAAUAAUUUCCAUUUUCAAUGAAGAUUCGACUCUGGGUAAGAAGUACGUGUUCGAUAUACGCAGGACUUGUCGGGAGGUUUAUGACAAUGCACGGCGUGCGCUUUAUUGCGAGGCCGCGACCAUAGCUUUGCCGGAGGAGAAUGAGAUUCUCGAAAACCACGCCUGUGGCGAAUGCGAAAAUCCCAAGUGCAAGGAAUCUCGGGAAUGUUUAGCAAGAUUACUGGACGCUAUGCUGUGCCGGAUCUGCAUGGAUCGAAGCCUAGACACCGCCUUGUUUCCCUGCGGACACGCUGUGGCUUGUUUGGAUUGCGCCCGUCGCUGCGAGCGUUGCCCAUUAUGCCGGGCCGAUAUUGACUAUUGCCGAACGAUAUACCUCCCGAUCGAGCUGACGCACAUCGAUAAACACAAUUCGAAGCUGUUGUCGGAGACAAUCGAGCCUGUAUUCGACAAGCCGGAGGAGAUAAAAGAACGAAUCUUGGACAGCGAAGCGUCGAUGAACAGUAACAUUUGAGAGUGUCGAGUCAAACGUCGAUUCAGCUCGUUUGAAAAAUUCUUCAGGAUUGUUACUUGCCGCGCAGGAAGGGCGUAUUAAUUAAGAUAUAUGCGAGAGAGUGAAGCGCUCUUCUAUUUAUCCAUCGAGUGAUUUUCGACGUUGGUGUUUCGUCGAUUUCGCGAAUUCGAUUAUCGAAAUCUUUAUUUUGCGCGACUGCUUCAGAUAUAUGCAAUUUUAUCGUUAUACGUUUGACAUUAUUCGUCAGUGUUUCUCUCCUACUUAAAUUUUUCAUUUAUCCAUUUAAUUUAUAGAAAAAAGCACCGAUAUACCAUGCGCACUCAUAAGAUCACUGUAAUUAUUUUGUUUUUAUUUAUCUUUUUGCAGAUUUUAUCAUUAUCAACAAAAUAAUUAAAUGCACUUAAUGUUGCAUUAUCGAUGUCAUUAUUCCGUAAUUUCAAAUUAUUACGAGAAUUUCUUUCACACAUGUUUCUUAAUUUUAGAUUGUUCUUUCGGUAAAAAUUACUAAGGAAAAUUCUCUUUUUUGGUUCUCUAGCCAAAGAAAUAUGUAGUAAUAGGUUUUUAAACUGAUCUCUUUCUUGUUGAUGACUAACAAAUACAGAACGAAGAGUCUGAAAAUACUGCACUUGAGAAAUAAUGGUACUGUGAUUGAAGAUGACAUUGUUGGAAAGAUACAAGGGAUACAAGGAUAUUGUAGAUAGAUCCAAUGAAAGAAUCAUGGGAUUACAUCAUUGUCCAGAUAUUUGUGAUGAUGUUGAAAAUAAUCUCUUUAUUCGAGCGACCGAAAAGUGCUAUUAGCAGCAUGGAUCUACAAGACAAUGCUGCCAACGAGUAUCAAGAAAUAUGUGAUCUAUAUUAUACAAGAUCCAAAAGCACUUUGUGAAUUUUUAUUUUUAACUGAUGAUCGGACCAAUACUUUCCUCUUGUUAUUUCAUGAUCGAUGCUUUGUUCCUCUUAGAUAGAUAUAGUUUUAUUUGGUCGUACGUUUACCUCUGGUCUAGAUAAUACUCGCAGGUUGCUUGGGUCAAAACUUUUAUCGGAAUCAAUGACCCAGUAUAUUUUUUACUACAACAUUCGUUAUUCAUUAUGCAUAUGCGAUAUCGUUUACACAAAACAACUGCUACAAUAAAAUCACUUCUAAUGUUUUGAUAAAGUAAAAUUGGAAUCAUGUGAAUAUAUAUAUGUAUAUUAAUUACGAUAUUUAGGCGUGCAACUUAUAACGGACUUGGAAUGUUUAUCACUUUAAUGUAGAUUGUAAUGAUAAAGGCAACACGAUACGGACAUCAUAUUUAGAUAUGUAUUGUGGAUCUAUUUUUAUCAUAGUGGAACAAGUAGAAACUAAAUUUAAUCAUUGCAGAAUUAUUAUUUUAAAGCGAAUUUCCUGCGAAUAGUAUCCUACUUUUUUUAAUUGAAGCAUUUUAUGCAAAGAGGAAACUUUAUUACCAUAAUAUCUGUUUAUAUAUGUACAUAAGAGACGAGAUAACCCACAGCAUUAGGGUCAAGUGAGUAAAAGUCAUGAGUUCACUAAAUGUCAAAUCUGAUUUAACAUACUAUGUGCGUAUGUCAGUAACUCAUAAUAAAAGUAAAACGACUUAAUUGUCUGUGCUUUGUUAAAAGAUAAAUCGCGCAGUAAAAAGUCAACAGCAUUUUAUAUCUAAGAAAAUACAAAGACAAGCUAUUCCUGCACAAAAAUAGCUUGUCUCUUCGUUUAAAUUGUGUAAAACCAGCUAAAA